UGAUAAUUGAAGUUCACAUUUUGUUUAAUCCUCACUCCUUAUUAGUGCGCACUUUGUGGUAUUACUCGUGUAGGCAUGAGUUUCCAAAAGAAGCCCAUAAUUAUAGAUGCACAAGGCCAUCUUCUUGGUCGUUUGGCCUCUGUUGUGGCCAAAACACUGCUCAAUGGUCAAAAAAUAGUUGUAGUACGGUGUGAAGGCAUCAAUAUAUCAGGAUCGUUUUAUCGAAACAAAUUGAAAUAUCUUGACUUCCUUAGGAAGCGUAUGAACACCAACCCAUCGAGAGGUCCAUAUCACUUCAGAGCACCCGCAAAAAUAUUCUGGCGUACUGUUCGUGGUAUGCUUCCUCACAAGUUAUACCGUGGAAAACAGGCUCUUGACAGACUCAAAGUUUUCGAAGGCAUACCUCCUCCAUACGACAAGAAGAAACGCAUGGUUGUUCCUUCAGCUUUACGAGCAAUCCGGUUGAAGCCAGGACGAAAGUUUUCUGUAUUAUCUCGAUUGUCUAACGACGUCGGGUGGAAAUAUAAGAAUGUAAUCGAAAAGAUGGAGAAUCGUCGGAAAGCCAAGGCAGCUGUCUGGUAUAAAAGGAAAAAGCUUCUGAAGAAACCGAGCGAGGUUGUAAGAGGACGAGCUAAAGAGGCGAUUGCACCAUAUCAAGCAAUCCUUAAACAGUAUGGUUACUCUUAGACUUGUAUAUUAUAAGGCUUAACAAACAUAUUUUACGGAU